AUGUCCUCCACCGCCGUCGUUCAUGACGACCUCGAUCUGGAGCCUACGCUCCAGUCGAUCCUGGACCAAAAAACCCUGCGCUGGAUCUUCGUCGGCGGCAAAGGUGGUGUCGGCAAGACCACCACCUCGUGCUCACUGGCUAUCCAGCUGGCCAAAGUGCGCAAGUCCGUGCUGUUGAUCUCGACCGAUCCGGCCCACAAUUUGAGCGAUGCCUUUGGCCAGAAGUUCGGCAAGGAGGCGCGCCUUAUCGAUGGCUUCUCCAACCUCAGCGCGAUGGAGAUUGAUCCCAAUGGGAGUAUCCAGGAUCUGUUGGCCAGUGGCGGCGAGGGGCAGGGCGAAGAUCCCAUGGCCGGCCUGGGCAUGGGGAAUAUGAUGCAGGAUCUGGCAUUCAGCAUCCCCGGUGUCGACGAGGCCAUGUCCUUCGCCGAAGUCCUGAAACAAGUCAAGUCGCUCUCCUACGAAGUCAUCGUCUUCGACACCGCACCAACGGGCCACACCCUCCGCUUCCUGCAAUUUCCCACCGUCCUCGAGAAAGCCCUGGCCAAGCUCUCGCAGCUCUCCUCGCAGUUUGGCCCGAUGCUCAACUCGAUCCUGGGCGCGCGCGGCGGGUUGCCAAACGGCCAGAACAUGGACGACCUGCUCCAGAAGAUGGAGUCCCUGCGCGAGACGAUCAGCGAGGUGAACUCGCAGUUCAAGGACGCGGAUAUGACCACCUUUGUGUGCGUGUGCAUUGCCGAGUUCCUGUCGCUGUAUGAGACGGAGCGCAUGGUUCAAGAACUGACCAGCUACGGCAUCGACACGCACUCCAUUGUCGUGAACCAGCUUCUGUUCCCUAAGGAGGGCAGUGGUUGCGAACAGUGCAAUGCGCGCCGCAAGAUGCAGAAGAAGUACAUUGAGCAGAUUGAGGAGCUGUAUGAGGAUUUCAACGUCGUGCGCAUGCCACUGUUGGUGGAGGAGGUUCGGGGCAAGGAGAAGUUGGAGAAGUUCAGCGAAAUGCUCGUGCAGCCCUACGUCCCUCCAGAGUAA